GAGAGGGUGAUCAAUCUCAAUCCGUCAACAUUGGCAACCAACUUACCAUAGUGCAAGACGCAAAGAUGCAAUUGAUUUGAUUUUGUUUUGGAUUUUCAAAGCAGAAGUUUGCCUCUGAGACGAAUCAUUAAUUUCGAAUUAUAAAGGGCAUCCAGUUGCAAUAUACUUGAUUUUAAGUGUGCAUAUACAGAUACGAACUCGUCCAUUUGUGUACGCACCUUGGUUGUCUCGUUCUCAAGACUUUUCUUAAUGUGGAUAUUUUUAAUACACGGGAUCUUCUCGACUUGAACACAGAGACAGGGAAUACAAACGACGAAAAACGAAAGAUAAGGGACCUUUCGACGGACUGCAACAUCGGGGAAAUCGAUUUUUUUCGCGCUGACGUUGGUUUCCCCGUGUCCGUUUCUAGCAUGAUGUCAUACCUCAAACAAGCCCCGUACGGCAUGAACGGACUGGGGCUCAGUGGAGCGACUAUGGACCUUCUGCAUCCAUCCGUGGGUUAUCCAGGUAAUCCCAGGAAACAGCGGAGAGAAAGAACAACUUUUACGCGUACUCAGUUGGACAUUUUGGAGUCCCUUUUUGCAAAGACGCGCUAUCCGGACAUAUUCAUGAGAGAAGAGGUUGCGUUGAAAAUAAAUCUGCCAGAGUCUAGAGUACAGGUGUGGUUUAAAAACCGAAGAGCCAAGUGCCGCCAGCAGCAGCAGAGCGGGAACAGCGCCAAGGUUCGACCAGCGAAGAAGAAGUCAUCUCCGGCAAGGGAGAGCACGGGGUCAGAGAGCAGUGGCCAGUUCACACCUCCGGCUGUGUCCAGCACCGGCUCUUCUUCCUCCUCCUCUUCCUCGGCCUCGUCCGGCUCCAACACGUCGGGCCACGGAGGCCAAGGCCUGAGCGCUUCUACCUCCGUCACUGCCCCUGUGUCUUCCAUCUGGAGCCCCGCGCCCAUCUCCCCGGCCCCUGCACCUCCCCCGGUGCCUGACCCCACUCCCCCCACCAGCGCCUCCUGCAUGCAGAGGUCCGUAUCGGCCGGUGGAGGAACCACCUCAUACCCGGUGUCCUACAGCCAGACGGCGGCGGCCUACGGUCAGGGCUACCCGGCCGCAGCCUCAGGCUCCUACUUCGGAGGGGUGGAAUGCAGCUCCUACCUGGCCCCCAUGCACUCUCACCACCACCCCCACCACCCGCACCAGCUCAGUCCCAUGACGGGCUCCUCCAUGUCUGGCCACCCGCAUCACCACAUAGGCCAGACCUCAGGGCACCACCACCAUCACCCCCACCACCACCAGGCCUACAGUGCGCCAAGCCUGGCCUUCAACUCCUCAGACUGUCUGGAUUACAAAGAACAAACAGCGGCGGCCGCGGCGGCCUCCUCGUGGAAACUCAACUUCAAUGCCUCAGACUGCUUGGACUACAAAGACCAGGCCUCCUGGCGAUUCCAAGUCUUGUGACUUGUUCUUUUUUUUCCUUUUCAAAGAAGUGUUCUUGUUUUUGUUGUAUUCUUUUGAAGAGCAUUCUCUUCCGAACGUUGAGAAGUUAUGUAGAGACAAUUACCAGGACCCUUUUAAGUUAACAUGUAAGAAAUCAGAUAACAUGACAUGUCCAUUUGGCCUUGUGUUUUAUUUUGCCUUUAGAAAUAAAUCAUCUAUAGCUAGAACAACCGUACUGGUAAAUUUGAAUCAGAUACCCAUAGUUAGGGCAACAAGGAAUAUUUUUGAAACAAUGAGCCACUAUUGAGCUCAACUCAUGUAGGCCUUACUCCCUCCCCUUAUUCUGCGUUGGAGCAGGAACUGCGUGUUUUGGAUUUUGCUUAAAUACUCUUAUUGACCCUCAAUUAGUAGAGCAUCACAAUUUGUCCUAAAACGUCAAGUGAAAGAAUCACAAUUGUGAUUCACCCAUAUCAGACUUGACAUUAAUAAAUCAUGACGCUGCUAUCGUUUUUUUUCUUCAUUUUGCUGAUAUUCCAAUUUAUGUUGAAUUCAACUUGGAUAUUGUUCAUAACUCGUUGUCCGGACUGUAGUGUUGUAUUUUGGAAGUUUAAUUGCAGCACUUGUUUAUAAGGUCAAAUAUUUUGCUAUUGUUCUUUACGAAGAAAUGUGAAUUAGACACGCAAUGUCAGUAUUCCAUUGAGAUUUCAAAUGUACAUUCGUGUCUUUAUAAUAAAGAUUCGUU